AAAUAGAAUCUGUUUUAAGAAGAGCUUGGAUACUAGUAGGAGAAAAUGGAUGGUUUCCUCUUAGGAGAUUCAUCACAUGGCCAUGUGAAGUGGGCAAGGUACCUCAGCUAUUCUGGGGUGGUGGGAGAGGCAGCUAGGGAAGACUGCCUUUAAAUUCACAGAGCCAGGAGUUUCAAUAUUCAUUUAGAGGGCAUUUGAAAACUUCUGGAACAAAGAACCUUUAAGCUAAUCCUUAGAAAAGGUAGGUAGAACUACAGAUUUCCGUAGACAGAAUGAGCAUUGGAAUAUACAAGAAAUGGCAUGAGGAAAAUCAGGCAGGAACACUCAAGAAAUGUAGGAUGGUAGGGGUAGAAAAAAGACUUCAUUGAUGCUAAGGACUCUUGAUUGCUUUACUAUGGGUUGGAAUUUUAUUAAGACUAAGGAUCUGCUGAAGAUUUUGCAGUGUGACUUGACCUCACCCAAGUGGUAUUUGAGGAAGAGAAUCCUAAAGCAGAAUUCAGAAUAAUUUGAGAGGAGACAUUUUAUGGAAGGGAACUCAGAAAAGCAGGAAGUAGUUGCCUUAAGAAGGUGCCCCAUUUUUCAAAUGUAUUCUAUCCCAUGUAUUGGAGUAUUAGGAAGAGUGUUGGGUGGAGGAGCGAGUUAUUGUUUGGACUUGGCCAUGUUGUGACAAGUCUCCAGGUGUGGGGAGGUGAGGUCAUAACCAAACACUUGUACUUCAGGAUGGACUUGGAGCCAGGGUGGGGACCCGUAUCUAAUCUUUGCCUUUCAGUGAAAAGGAAUGUGAAUUGUCACACAGGCCACCAAAACAAGGCCAGCUAGCUGUUUGUCAGCUCCUUGAGCAGAUUUAACCCAGAGACUGACUUCACUAUAGACUCACCCACAGUUGUAUCCAUGACUGGGGAAAGAUAGUGGCAACAGGCAAAGGAGAAACAGCUCUGACACACAGAAGACAAUGAGUAUGCUAAAACCAAGCGGGCUUAAGGCCCCCACCAAGAUUCUGAAGCCUGGAAGCACAGCCUUGAAGACACCUGCUGCUGUUGCCGCUCCAAUAGAAAAAACAAUAUCCAGUGAAAAAGCAUCAAGCACUCUGUCCUCUGAGACACAAGAGGAGUUUGUGGAUGACUUUCGAGUUGGGGAGCGAGUUUGGGUGAAUGGGAAUAAGCCUGGAUUUAUCCAGUUCCUCGGAGAAACCCAGUUUGCACCAGGCCAGUGGGCCGGGAUCGUUUUGGAUGAGCCCAUAGGCAAGAACGAUGGCUCAGUAGCAGGAGUUCGGUACUUCCAGUGUGAGCCUCUAAAGGGGAUAUUUACCCGACCUUCAAAGUUGACGAGGAAGGUGCAGGCAGAGGAUGAAGCUGAUGGCCCGCAGACAACUCACGCUUCCAGGGCGACUUCGCCUCUGUCCACUUCGGCAGUCAGCAUGGCGUCCUCGUCCCCAGCCACCCCCUCAAAUAUUCCCCACAAAUCGUCCCAACCAACUGCUAAGGAACCUUCAGCUACGUCUCAGAUCAGCAACCUUACGAAAACCGCCAGCGAAUCUAUCUCCAACCUUUCAGAAGCCGGCUCGAUCAAGAAAGGAGAGAGAGAACUCAAAAUCGGAGACCGAGUAUUGGUUGGUGGCACGAAGGCUGGUGUAGUCCGGUUUCUUGGGGAGACAGACUUCGCCAAGGGGGAGUGGUGUGGCGUGGAGUUGGAUGAGCCUCUCGGGAAGAACGACGGGGCUGUUGCUGGAACAAGGUAUUUUCAGUGUCAACCCAAGUAUGGCCUGUUUGCUCCGGUCCACAAAGUCACCAAGAUCGGCUUCCCCUCCACCACGCCAGCCAAGGCCAAGGCCGCCGCAGUGAGGCGUGUGAUGGCGACCACGCCCGCCAGCAUGAAGCGCAGCCCGUCCGCCUCCUCUCUCAGCUCCAUGAGCUCUGUGGCCUCCUCCGUGAGCAGCAAGCCCAGCCGGACAGGACUGUUGACCGAAACCUCCUCCCGUUACGCCAGGAAGAUCUCCGGCACCACCGCCCUCCAGGAGGCCCUGAAGGAGAAGCAGCAGCACAUUGAGCAGCUGCUGGCCGAACGGGAUCUAGAGAGGGCGGAGGUGGCCAAGGCCACGAGCCAUGUGGGGGAGAUAGAGCAGGAGCUCGCCCUGGCCCGGGACGGACACGACCAGCACGUCCUGGAAUUGGAGGCCAAGAUGGACCAGCUGCGAACGAUGGUGGAAGCUGCCGACAGGGAGAAGGUGGAACUUCUCAACCAACUUGAAGAGGAGAAAAGGAAGGUUGAGGACCUUCAGUUCCGGGUUGAAGAAGAAUCGAUUACUAAGGGCGAUCUUGAGCAAAAGAGCCAGAUUUCUGAAGAUCCUGAGAAUACGCAGACCAAACUGGAGCAUGCCCGCAUUAAGGAGCUUGAACAGAGCCUGCUCUUUGAAAAGACCAAAGCUGACAAACUCCAGAGGGAGUUAGAAGACACUAGGGUGGCCACGGUGUCAGAAAAGUCCCGCAUCAUGGAACUCGAGAAAGACCUUGCAUUGCGAGUGCAGGAGGUAGCUGAGCUGCGGAGGCGGCUGGAGUCCAAUAAGCCAGCGGGGGAUGUGGACAUGUCACUGUCUCUCUUGCAAGAGAUCAGCGCUUUGCAGGAGAAGUUAGAAGCCACCCAUAGUGACCACCAGAAAGAAGUCACUUCUCUGAAGGAGCAUUUUGGAGCCCGCGAAGAAACGCACCAGAAGGAGUUAAAGGCUCUGCAGGCCGCCACAGAGAAGCUUUCCAAAGAGAAUGAAUCCCUGAAAAGCAAGCUGGACCACGCCAACAAAGAGAAUUCAGACGUGAUCGCCCUGUGGAAGUCUAAGCUGGAGACAGCCAUUGCGUCCCACCAGCAGGCCAUGGAGGAGCUGAAGGUGUCCUUCAGCAAGGGGGUCGGCACCGAGACAGCCGAAUUCGCCGAGUUAAAAACGCAGAUAGAGAAAAUGAGACUGGACUACCAGCAGGAAAUAGAAAAUCUGCAGAACAAGCAAGACUCAGAAAGGUCUGCUCACGCGAAAGAGCUCGAGACCCUAAGGGCUAAGCUGAUGCAAGUCGUUAAAGAGAAGGAGAACAGUCUGGAAGCCAUCCAGUCGAAGCUGGACGAAGCAGAAGACCAGCACCUGGUGGAAAUGGAGGACGCCUUAAACAAACUGCAGGAAGCCGAGCUAAAGGUAAAGGAGCUAGAGGUGCUGCAAACCAGGUGCAGUGAGCAAACCAAGGUUAUCGGUCAUUUUACAUCACAGCUCAAGGCUGCCGGAGAAAAGCUCUCGGAUCUUGAUGCGCUUCAGAAGGCCAGCUCCGAAGGUAAAUUGGAAAUCGAGAACCUCAGACAGCAGCUUGAGGCAGCUGAGAAACAGAUUAAAAACUUAGAGAUUGAAAAGGAUGCUGAAAGCGGCAAGGCUAGUAGCAUCACCAGAGAGCUGCAGGGAAAAGAGCUAAUGCUUAAUAACCUUCAGGAAAACUUGAGUGAAGUCAGUCGAGUGAAAGAGGCUUUGGAAAAAGAACUGCAGACUUUGAAAGAAAAGUUUGCUGAUGCUUCAGAGGAGGCAGUCUCUUUUCAGAGAAGUAUGCAAGAAACUGUAAAUAAAUUACACCAAAAAGAGGAACAGUUUAACGCACUGUCUUCCGAACUGGAGAAGUUGAGAGAAAAUUUAACAGAUAUGGAGGCAAAAUUUAGAGAGAGAGAUGAAAGGGAAGAGCAGCUGAUAAAGGCGAAGGAAAAACUGGAAAAUGACAUUGCAGCAAUAAUGAAAAUGUCUGGAGACAAUUCUUCUCAGCUGACAAAAAUGAACGACGAACUACGUCUGAAAGAAAGAAAUGUAGAAGAAUUACAGCUGAAACUAACCAAGGCUGAUGAAAAUGCAAGCCUUCUGCAGAAAAGUAUCAUGGAAGUAACUCUCAAAGCUGAACAGAGUCAGAAAGAAGCAGCUAAAAAGCAUGAGGAAGAAAAGAAAGAACUGCUGAGGAAACUGUCAGACCUGGAAAAGAAGAUGGAAGUGAGCCAGAACGAGUGUCAAGAUCUGAAAGCCAGGUACGAGGAAGCCAGUUCCGAGAGCAGAGCCAAGCACGAAGAAGUCCUGCAGAACCUCCACAAGCUGCUACGGGACACAGAGGAGCAGCUGAAGGCCGCGCAGGAGGAGAACCGCGAGCUGCUGCAGAAGCUGGAGGAGCUGGGGAAGCAAGCCGACAGAGCCAGAGCCGCUCAAACCGCUGAAGAUGCCAUGCAGAUAAUGGAACAGAUGACCAAAGAGAAAACCGAAACACUGGCCUCCUUGGAAGAUUCCAAGCAAACAAAUGAAAAACUGCAGAAUGAAUUGGAUACACUUAAAGAAAACAACUUGAAAAACGUGGAAGAGCUGAACAAAUCAAAAGAGCUUCUGACGGUAGAGAACCAAAAAAUAGAAGAAUUCAAGAAAGAAAUAGAAACCCUAAAGCAGGCAGCAGCUCAGAAGUCCCAGCAGCUCUCAGCGCUGCAAGAAGAGAACGUGAAACUUAACGAGGAGCUGGGGAGAAGCAGGGACGAAGUCACCAGUCACCAAAAGCUGGAAGAAGAGAGAUCGGUGCUCAAUAAUCAGUUGUUAGAAAUGAAAAAGAGAGAAUCCAAGUUAAUAAAAGACGCAGAUGAAGAAAAAGCUUCCUUGCAGAAAUCCAUCAGUAUCACUAGUGCCUUACUCACAGAAAAGGAUGCCGAGCUGGAAAAACUGAGAAAUGAGGUCACGGCGCUCAGGGGAGAGAACGCGUCCGCCAAGUCCUUGCAUUCAGUUGUUCAGUCUCUAGAGUCUGAUAAGGUGAAGCUUGAGCUCAAGGUAAAGAACUUGGAGCUUCAACUCAAAGAAAACAAGAGGCAGCUCAGCAGCUCCUCAGGUAAUACUGAUACUCAGGCAGAAGAGGAUGAAAGAGCCCAGGAGAGUCAGCAAAUGAUUGACUUCCUCAAUUCAGUAAUAGUGGACCUUCAGAGGAAGAAUCAGGACCUCAAGAUGAAGGUGGAGAUGAUGUCAGAAGCAGCCCUGAAUGGGAACGGGGACGACCUGAACAAUUACGACAGCGAUGACCAGGAGAAACAGUCCAAGAAGAAACCCCGCCUCUUCUGUGACAUAUGUGACUGCUUUGAUCUCCACGAUACAGAGGAUUGUCCUACCCAGGCCCAGAUGUCCGAGGACCCGCCCCACUCCACACACCACGGCAGUCGGAGCGAGGAACGCCCCUACUGUGAAAUCUGUGAGAUGUUUGGGCACUGGGCUACCAACUGCAAUGACGACGAGACCUUCUGAUGAAGCCUUCCACCCAGAACUGGGCUCUCUCAGAUGCACUAGCGUGUAGGCAACUGACCACCAGCAUUAUGCGUGCAGACUUCAGAACUCACGUUAUUUUUGACCCCCAUCAACAAAGCUAAGAAAAUAUUUUGAUCUUCCACAAAAUCGCCCUUUUAGUCUCCCCGUAUAAGUUUAUAAGUUAAAAUAAUAAAUAAGGGGGGGUUUCACCUCUGAUUUUUGUCUUCUUGAUUUUUAAAACGUAUUCCAUUGCACCAGAUGCCAUUACACUCAUCAUCCCUAUGAGGGAGACCUCACAGAAUGACUCCUACCCUUCCAGGACCUUAUUUAAGUUAACUUUAAAUUAUGCCGUUCCUCUUCAUAUUUGCACUAAAAUAUUUCCAGGCUGCAUUUGUAUAUUUAGAUGUUUGGGUUAAGCUUUGACACUGGAAUGAGUUGAAAAAAAAGUAUGCCACUUUGCAUUUUCAUCUACUCAUUUAUUUUAUUUUUAGUCAAAGAAAUAGCUGAGUUCUUUGCACUACCCAAUGUCAGUAGUGCCUUUAUUUCAGGCUUGAUGAUACUUUUAGGUGUGAUUAUAAAAUCAUGAAACAGGUAAAGGGAGGGGGAAGCCCCCAAACUGCUGUGGGAACGUUUUAUUAUAAUCUCAAUGCUGCACCCACUUUACUCUACUGUGGUGUUUUAUCAGUUUUGCAUAAUUUCAGCUUCUAUAUAUUAUAUGUAUAUAUUUUUGUAAAAUCUAUAUUUUGGGGAAAAAACCUAUACAGUAUGUCUUUCUUUUCAGAUUUUUAUCUUUAUGAAAAAGGAAACACUUAAAAUGUUCAUCAGGACAUGACGCGCUAGGCCAGGAUCAACAUCGCGUGGCUUCGCAGCUGUGUGUUCUCUGUUUUCAUUUUCUUUCUUUAUCAGGAAUAAAUAACUGGGAGAAUUUUCUCCAGAUUUUGUUUUUCUUCUCCAACAAAUAUCCCCAGCAGUCGGUUAAUUAGAUAAUAAGCCACUCUAAAACACCUAAAUGAACCAAUCUACAAUCUUUACAACUUUUUUUUUUACUGUGUUUUUAGAUGAAUGUACUAUGAGAAAUUCAACAUUAACAGUUUUGGAUUUUCUUAUCACAAAAAAUAAAAUGAAGGACCUCAACUACAAGUUUAGCAACCAGUUUGAAUCUAUUUAUCUUCAUUUGAAUGUCUUUUAGAAUAUGUAAAAAGUAAUAAAUAAAUGUAUCUUCCAGGAGACAUGUAUAAUAAAAACUUCUAUAAUUGUACAUAUGCCUUUGAUGUAUUUUCCCCUCCAGAUUAUCAACUAUGUGUUUGACAAGUGAAAAAUAAAUAUGUAAUCAGUUGAAAUUUGGGAUUAUAAACAAACAUAUCAUAAUAGGAACUGUUUCACAAACACAAAAUGUAAAGCAGUAUUAAAAUCCAAGCAAACAAGUGUUCUGUAUCUACUUUAAUAAAUGGUUAUUCUUUUUUGCCAGUGUAGUAGACUGGUAUUAUUCUCA